AUAAAGGCAAAUUCAUAACCAACCCCUUUUGUUCUAACUCUUCUUCUCCACUUCAAUUCCCUCUUCUUCUUAUUCAUUACAAAGCUUCCUCUUUUCCACAGCCUAUUCAUCAAUGGAACAUUUCUCCAAAACCCUUCAUUUCUCUUCCAUUCUCAUUCUUCUUAUCCUCCGCCUCGCUCGAGCAGUGCCCGAAGACGGCCGUGUCGUCGAGGUCGUUCCUCCGGUUAGCCUUCUUUGUAUCAGCGAAUGUUCAACUUGCCCCACCAUCUGCGCGCCACCACCACCACCGCCACCGCCCAUUGUGCUCAAGUCACCUCCGCCGGUGCCUCAUGUCCCACCACUGGCUUACUUUCCACUCAAUUCACCCCCACCUCGACCAACCUCAUCUCCACCCCCGCCGUGGCCUUCACCUCCGCCACCUCCGGCUACGGCGACGGCGGUUUCCUCUCAUUCCCCGCCGCCACCCGCAUUCAGAUAUUAUUUCAACUUGCCACCACCGCCACCGGUGCUGAUCCCGGUACCUGUGCCGCCGUCGGCGACGGCUGGGCCUCAUGGAAAUACGAAUAGUAAUGCUUAUAAUUACUACUUUUAUGCUCCGGCAUCAUCGUCUGCUCCUCCGUCGCUUCCGACGGCGCUUUUUUGGGGUUUGUUUCUCUUCCAUUUGAUGUUGUGUUCAUGGUGAAAGGUUUGUAUAUUGAUUUUCAUGCAUCUCUGAUUAAUGGUAUUGGAGUAUAAGUUUAUAAGAAGGAAGAUUAAUGUUUUGGUAAGUAGAAUUUUGGGAAUUGUUAUUUUUUAAAGUUUGGAAUUUUUUCUUUUCUUUUUUAUUUGAAAUAAAGCUAAAUAUUUUUCAUUGUUUAAUCAAUGGGUUUAUGUAAAUCCAUCUAUGAACAUUUAUGUUUUUUAUAAUUUGAAUUACCUACUAAUAA